AUGAAGACAUUGCUGCGUGGGAAAAAAGCGAUGGGCCCCCUCGACGUCCUGGCACAACGGGAGACGGAACGUUUCCGUGCGCGAUCGCUGUCGCAACACGGCCGUGCUAACGACCUCGGCGGCCUUGACCCCAAACUCAUCGAGCAUUACUCUGUCUCCGUUGCUACCCAUCCCGACAAUGCCAGCUCGAAUCGCUACGUCGAUAUCCAUCCCUACAAUCGUACCGCCGUUCUCGCAGGCGGGUCUCGGUAUCUCAAUGCCAGCUGGAUUCUGGAACUGCACGGCGGGAAAUGGUGGGUAGCAACUCAGGCGCCGCUUCCCGACACCGCCAAUGCGUUUCUCAGCUUUAUCAUGAACCCCAUAACGACCCCUGCUUCUCGACACCAUUGUCGGAUACGUACCAUCGUCCAGCUCACUCGACAUUCAGAGGCCGGCCGCGUCAAGGCGCAUCCAUAUUUCCCAUCUAUCGUUGGUCAGUCUGCCGUCCUCGAGGCCGGUGAUGCAGGUGCAGCCCCACUCAAGGUCACCACUCUCAAGGUCGAAGACAUCAGAGAGGCAUCGUGCAUAAAAACCACUGUUUCUGUGUCGACGAUAUCUGGCAGUCAGACUCAUGUCUUUCAGCACCUUCUCUAUGGCGCUUGGCCUGACCACGGAGUUCCCUCACAUGCAGACCGUUCCACUCUCUUAUCGUUCCUUUUGCUUGUCGACCGUGUCAAUCGCGAAGGAUUUGCUGACGAUCCCCCCAUUGUUGCGGGUUGCUCAGCAGGUGUUGGACGCACCGGGGCGUUCAUUGCACUAUCCUCCUUGCUCCGUUCACGUAAAGUGCUCAGCCCGGCCAAAGAGCCAUCACCUCCACAAGUCUUACCUCCGUCGCCCAUUGGCCCACUACCCAAGAGCGUAGAGAACGACGCUGUGGUGAAGGAGAUUGAUUCUCUACGGGAACAGAGGCCUGGUAUGGUACAGAGGGACGAGCAGGUCCGGCUCAUUUACGAGGUGCUGCAAGAUGCAACCGAACGAAGGUGA